GGCUCCCACGUCAGGGACGGCUGGAGCCCUCCCCGCGUCCCCCGGCCGGGGGUCCCGCGGGGGAGUUCUUCGCCUCACACGUUGGUGUGCCCCGCUGCUGCCCCGCGGAGUCUGUGCCAGCCCGCGGCUGCUCACGCCCCGGCGGGCGGGACGGGGCAGGGCCGGGCUGGGCGUGCGGGGAGGAGACGGAGUCGAAAAGGGCUGGGCAGGACCUGCAGAAACAUUAAAACCACCGAGCCCCCCAGCCCGCCCACCGGAGUUGCUCCGCGGGCACGCAAGAUGUGCGGGGCCGGUCUGGGCUCCGCGCCGCGCUUGAGCGAGGGCUGCAGUUUGUGAGGCUGUGCAGCAGUGCCGGGCAGGCUGUGGGGCCAAGGAGCUGCGGGGCAGCCACCGGGUUUGCGGUCGGUGUCACCAUCCGGUGGCCGCUGGGGGAGCAGUCCCCAGCCAGGCACCAUGAACUCCGGCACCACUGCCCCGCAGAAGGUCACCAGCAACCCCACCAACACUGAUGUCAACUAUGUCAUCAAAGAGCAUUAUAAUUACACGGGAAAGCUAAAUGAGAGUGUGGACACUGGAAUUAAAGUGACGUCGGUGGUUUUUAUCAUCAUUUGCUGCUUUAUAAUCUUAGAGAACAUUUUUGUCUUGCUUACCAUCUGGAAAACCAAGAAGUUUCACAGACCCAUGUACUAUUUCAUUGGGAACUUAGCUCUUUCAGACUUGCUGGCUGGUGUGGCUUACACUGCCAACCUCCUGCUAUCUGGACACAAAACCUACAGCCUGACCCCCAACCAGUGGUUUGUAAGAGAAGGCAGCAUGUUUGUUGCCUUGUCAGCUUCUGUGUUCAGCUUGUUGGCCAUUGCCAUUGAGAGAUACAUCACCAUGCUGAAGAUGAAACUCCACAAUGGCAGCAACAGCUUCCGCUCCUUCUUGCUGAUCAGUGCGUGCUGGGUUAUCUCCGCCAUCCUCGGGGGGCUCCCGAUCAUGGGCUGGAACUGCAAGAACCUCUUGUCCAACUGCUCCACCGUGCUGCCCCUCUACCACAAGCACUAUAUUCUCUUUUGCACAACCGUUUUCACUGGCCUUUUGUUAUCUAUUGUGGUCCUCUACUGCAGGAUCUACUCCAUGGUGAGGACUAGGAGCCGCAGGCUGACAUUUCGGAAAAACAUUACCAAAGCUACCAGGAGCUCAGAAAAGUCACUAGCCUUGCUCAAGACAGUGAUCAUAGUCCUGAGUGUCUUCAUUGCCUGCUGGGCUCCUCUGUUCAUCCUCCUUUUACUGGAUGUGGGGUGCAAAGUGAAGACCUGCCCAAUCCUCUAUAAAGCAGAGUAUUUCUUAGUACUGGCUGUGCUCAAUUCAGCCACGAACCCUAUCAUCUACACCUUGACAAACAAAGAGAUGCGGAGGGCUUUCAUCAAGAUUUUGUGCUGCUGCACAUGUCCCCCGGCAGAUUCUGGGACCAAAUUCAAACGGCCAAUCAUUGGGGGCAUGGAGUUCAGCCGGAGUAAGUCUGACAACUCCUCACACCCACAGAAGGAGGACGGUGACCAUCCUGAAACCAUCAUGUCUUCGGGCAAUGUUACCUCAUCUUCUUAGGAGUAACCAUGGGGGUGUAUUUCAGAGUCUUCCUCUGAAAUCAGGGAGCUGGGAUGCCUCCUGCUCAUAGCAGCAGCGUUGGGCUGAGUGAGCAAGUAGCAUUAGUUCUAAUGAGGCAAACGGUGCACUUGUGAGGCUGGAGUUCAAGAAAUGGGACACACUGUUCUGGCUUGAAAAUCUUUUUCCCUGGAGCAUGUUUUGUCUUUGCGCUGAGGCAGCUCAGGAUUGUCAGGCGCAUUCAUAUCCUGAAAUCUCCUUAGUAACUCUGAAAGACUGAUGCCUUGGUGAAAUGAUGCCUGGUGCGUGUGAGAGAAAGAGAGAGGGGGAGGAGGGAAAGGGAGAAUGAAUCUUUUUUUUUUUUUUUCCCUGUGAGAAGAAUGUGAAGUUUUUUCUCUUCACAGCAAACCACUGACACAAAGAUCUUUCUGUACUGAAUUUAGUGGUGGCUCUGGUAUCAUUGGUAAGAAAUGUGUUUGUUUAGUACAUAACAUGGAAGGAGAUCACACAAAUAUAACUUAGACCACAUACAACCAUAAUUGGCAUAAUUUUGCAGAGCUUUUAGUUAAGUCAUAAGGGUUUGUUUGCAGAGUCCAAAGCUCUUGGGGUUUUACUUAGCAAGAUCAUAGCUGUGAAUUUUUGCUGUCAGUCUGUAUUACAUUUGAAGACCACGAGCUAGAUUCUGCAGUUACUUUCGCCUGUACAAUUCCAUUGGCUGCGUCAGACUUAAUGGAGUAGCUCAGAGGGGCAUUUGGCCCCAUAUUUUGAUUGCCGUUUUAUUCUAUAGCAUUAAACUGCAUUAUCAGGAAAAAUGCAAGAAAGAACUAAAUAUCAUUUCUCUUCAAGAUGACUUGAAUGUCUACAAAAUAGUAAAAAAUACUAUUGACAACAGUGGGAUUUUUGCCUAAGUAAGAAGAGCUAAAAUCUGAAGGGAUAUUUCAGUGUCAGUUUCACAGUCUUUCCAAAAGUAAGGAUCAGUUGGAAAAUCAGAAAAGAGUACGUCGGGUUUCAGAAAAAAAUAAAAAGAAAAUUGAAGUGAAAUGACUAUAGAUAAAUGCACUUCCAUAACAAAAUGCAAUACAUUUUGGCACAUUUUAUUAAUGUUUAUAAUUUCAGCAAAGAUGUUGGUAUUUUAUCAUGGAAGAAGUACCUGUUGUUAAAUUGAAUGUAUUUGUUUUACAGCAUCAUUUUUACUUCUCUAUUUUUCUAACCUGUGCUAAUGGGGUUGAAUGUGUAUAAUGUAAAUAAGAUACAGGAGUCUUCAUGUGCCUAAAGUGUUACUAUAACAAUGUGGUAUAUCUGGGAUAGCUGAGGGCAAUUGACUUAUCUACAGUCAUCAGCAACUCCUAGGACUGGUAUUUUGUAAAGAAAAUGUAUCGCCUUUGUAGUAAAAUUUCCAGUGCAAUUAAACUGUUGGGGUUUUUUUUUCUGGUUUAAAAAAUAGUAUUUAAAAUGUUUCUGACUUUUAUUGUUCAAUUUGCACAUAGCUUUAUUGACUUCUAAACAUUAAUAAACUGAUUUUUUAAAUGA